AUGACCGACACAAGCAGCGUCAGUAUCAGCAACACCGACAACAGCAGCAGCACUAGCAGCAUCAGGGACAGCGCAAGCAGCAGCAGCAGCAGGGACAGCAGCAGCAGCAGCAGCACAAACAGCAGCAGCAGCAGCAGCAGCAGCAAUGGCAAAGCUAAGAAGAAACCUUUUUUGGUGAUAACAGAGAGCGCAAAGAAAAAGCUAGAGGUACUAGGACCACCCCCCUCAGCAGCAGCAGCAGGAGCAGCAGCACCAGCAGCACCAGAAUUCAAAAUUAAUGAUCAAUUAAUACCUAAACCCCAACAAUGCUCAGGCCAGCAGCAGCAGCAGCAGCAGCAGCAGCAGCAGCAGCAGCAAGAGGAGCAGCAAGAGGAGCAGCAGGAAGAGCAACAGAAGGAAAGACAGCAGGAGCAGGAAGAUCAAGGGAAGAAGGCAGAGCAAGAGCAGAAGAAACAAUAA